AAAAUCUUUUUUUUUUUAAACCCGCACACAAAACAGAUGAAAAAUGACCCAAAACCACACGUCUUAUAACACCUUUUCCACAUUCUACCUACAACAAAUGGCGGUUAACCAAAUAACCGCCCGGCUAGCUCAAUCGGUAGAGCGUGAGACUCUUAAUCUCAAGGUUGUGGGUUCGACCCCCACGUCGGGCUCAAUUCCCGGCGUUCCCAAACGCGCCUCUCUUUUUACAUUUUUUUCGUCUUCUCAUUCAUAUGACACCGUUCUCUGGUGUCUCGGCGUCCGUUCUUUCUUUUGCUCUUUCUCCCCGAACAAUCUCAACCUUCUCUUUUCUACUCGUCGAUCCGGCCUUCUUCUUCUUCUUCUCAUCAUACUUAUUGCCAGUUGUUGUUCUUUUGUUUUUCCAUACCUCUCGCUGCAUCCAAAGGCGAUGCUCAGGUUACUGAUCUUGCUACAUUUUCAACCGAUGCGGACGUCUUGGUUCGUACAUGUAUGCGUCAAUGUCUAGGGUUUCGGUUGUGUCGACGGCUGUCCCGUAUCAUCCUGACGUUGUGAUUUGUGCGAUAGUUUUGAGAUCUCGUCAAAUAAUGUUGAGGCCGGAUGUUCAGGUACACUCUGCAUGUCCCCAGGGACUGUCACCGUCAGUUGUGCGGCCAGAUGGAACAGGAUGGCUGACCAGCCGGACAGCUGGCCAACGACAAUUCCGCCCAUAUUGCAUACUUUUGACUCACAUAUAGGAGAUCAUAGGACAGAGUCGUACAAUUUGGGAGAAGAAGAGGCAUACGAGGCAAAUUACAAACCCCUCUCUAGCACAUGCUACCUUAAAUUGUUUUUCAAUGUCACCAAGCAACUGUACACUCGUACUAUUCAGAUUAUCAUGUCUAUAUUCUUGAUCAGAGUUUCAUUGC